GUUGGGUCAUGCUGAGUUUCAGGAUAGCAUAAAAGACGGCAAUAGAUUCAGGGAAAGGGUAGACCGCAGUCCUGAGCUAAAAGAUGGUCAGUUCCUCCUUCUGGAUCUUAAUUAUUUUCCUGGGCAUCUUCUCUGCAUGUGCGGAUCGUCCCAGGGGCCGUAUCCUGGGGGGAUCAGAGAGUGCCCCCCAUCAGAGGCCUUACAUGGCAUCUCUGCAGGAGGAUGGGACGCAUCUCUGUGGAGGGUUCCUGAUCGCUGCUCAGUGGGUGCUGAGUGCGGCCCAUUGCUUGGAGGAUACGAAAAAUGGGACCUUCCAGGUCCUCUUGGGAGCCCAUACCCUCUCCCAACCUGAACCGACCAAGCGUCUAUACAGAGUCCGUCGGCUCAUUCGUCACCCAGGGAGCAGCGAAGACACCAUUCUCCAUGAUCUGUUGCUCAUCCAGCUUGAAGAGCCAGCGGUCCUUGGGCCAAAUGUCCGUACCCUGGCUUACCAGACCGCAAACAAUGACAUCCCUGAACACACUGUAUGCGAAGUGGCCGGCUGGGGCAUUAUCAGCAACACGGGAAAGAAAACAGACAGGCUGCGGUAUGUGCAACUGAGGAUCAUCAGUCGCAAUCAAUGCAAUAUGAGGAGGUUCCAUGAUGGCAGCGUGACGGAGAACAUGAUGUGCGCUGAAUCCAGGAAGAAAGACUCCUGCAAGGGAGAUUCUGGUGGGCCUAUUGUUUGCAACGGUAUUGCUGAAGGCAUCGUGACCACUGGCUCCACCGUUUGUGGCAACUGGCUGAAACCUGGAAUUUAUACCCGGACUGCUCCCUAUGUCUCGUGGAUCACCAGCACCAUGGCAUCCAACAGUUAAGUCAUGGGAGAGAUUGCUUGGUAUCUCUCAAUGCCAAGGCCUCAGGAUGCCAGAGAGGAUGGAGAAUUCUCCCAAGAGGUUCAGAAAGGAACCUCCUCGUAUGUAAUUAUAGAAUAUGGAGGUGAGCACAUUUCUCUCCUUUCUUUUUAUCAAGGGCACCUAAACAUCAGCCAGCAUUGCUCACCAAGGAAUCUUGCCAGUUUGUAAAGAAAAAAAAUGAAGUGGAAAGCAGA